AUGAAUCGUCCAAUCGAUGAUGAUGAGGAGAAAGAUCUUGAAUUGGCAUAUGCGAUGCGACAAAGUAGAGAGCAACAUGAGUUUGAAUAUUAUCAUCCAAGAAAUAACUACUAUCAUGAAGGAGGUAGUAGUGGUUUUCCCUCACGAUUGAACCGAUCAUCAUCUGUUCACGAAGUUGGAGUUGGGAGAGGAAGAGGGAGAAACAUACCAAUUGAAGUACCAUCAAAUGCAGCUGCAAGAUUAAGGGCAAUCGAGUCCCCUUACACUAAUCCACUGAUGGAUACUAUACGAGAGUGUCCAGAUGUUCGAGCUCCUUCGGCUUAUGAAUUAGCUCAGGUAUAUCUACCAGAAGAAUGUAAAGAGAUGAAGAAUUACAUCAAGUCCUUUGAAUCGGUGUGGAAUGAAAGAGGUGUAACAAUAAUGUGUGAUGAUGUGUAUUGUAGAGACACAAAUUACUAUUAUAGUUUGAUGGAGAAGGUAGUACAAGAGAUAAGAAAAGAGAAAGUUGUUCAAAUCGUGACAGAUAAUGAAGCUUCGGUCAAAGCUGUAAGAAAGAAACUAAUGAAAAGAUUCCCACAUUUGUACUGGACAGCUUGUGCAGCUCAUUGUAUAGAUCUUCUUUUGGAAGAUAUUGGGAAGAAAAGUUCAAUAAAAUCUGUUAUAGAAAGAGCAAGAAAAGUCUCCCAAUUCAUCUACAAGUAUAAAUGGGCAGUUGAUUAUACGAAGAAGUUUACUGGGGGUAGAGAUCUUACACGACCAGGAAUCACACGAUUUGCAACGCAAUUCAAAAUGUUGGAAAGUGUUGUGAGACAUAAGACUGCCUUGCAAUAUAUGUUUGAUUCUAAUACUUUGGUGACUUCAAGAUUCGGUCAAAUGAAUGACGCAUUAGCUGUGGAAGUUCGUGAAACGUUGUCUAAACAUCCUUCCACUGAAGUUGCCAAAUUUUGGGAAAAGGCUGAUGAAAUAAUAAAAAUACAAGAGCCCAUCAUAAAAGUAUUGAAGCUUGUUGAUGGAGAUCUAAAACCAACAAUGGGUUUUAUAUAUGAGGCAAUGGAGCGUUGUAAGCUGGCAAUUCAAAAGAAUUGUACAUAUUACAAGAAUUGUUGGAAGAUGAUAGACUAA